AUGCGCCACGUCUAUUUGUUAACGGCUUGUAUUAGUAUUGUUUCAAGUUUCGAGAUAGGGAAAAUUAACAAUCAGCUGCAAGAGAGACUAGUGUACGCAGACGACUCUGUUGCAACAAACGUUCUGGAAUCCAAGUUCCCAUUCUUGAAAUCAACAUGUGUCAAAGACGCACUGAAAAGUUAUUUACCGCAAUGUAUGGCAAACGGAUUUGAAUCCAUUGAUGCUGAAACUAGAGUGGAAACAGCUAUAAAACUUUCAAUAUGCGAGUUUCAGGCGUCUGGAUUGGGCGAAAUACCUGCAAAUUGCAUGGUUGGCGAUUUAGGAUCAAUGAUGGAUUGUAUGUUCGAACUAGAAUCUUCUUCAAAGUGGUGGACCACAUAUAGUGGGAAUUAUCAGCGAUUAUCAAGCAUUUGUUAUGAAAACGUCCUUCCCUAUGAAAAGGAACAGAUAUUGAAGCUGUUUCUAAACAUCACUGAACUUUAUGACUCAUUUGGGGACGAUAUCAAUAUCAAACUGAAUGAUUUGAUAUUCCAAAUGGAGCAAGAAUCAGAAGGGUAUUUGAACGAUCUGGCCAGAAUGUUUCACAACUAUGAUAGUCAACUGCGAAAUAUGACGGAAAGCAAUCGAAUAAUCUUGGAAAGCGAUCUUUCGCUUUUUAGGAGUAAGGUAAAUGAUGUGCUCUAUGAUACUUCUGAGCAAUUAGAGGUCCAAAUUAUAGAGAAAAACAAUCAACUAUUAGAUAAUGUCAAUAGUAUCCAUCGCACCAUGAGUGAACUUACUGACGAGCUCAACAAAGGUGACAUGAGAUCCAAGAUAUAUGAUUUGAAGGACGAAAACCUGAAUAAUUUACAAGACUUAGUAGAAAUGUCACAUGAUGUGAAAGAAUAUUAUUCCAGGAACAAUGAGCUAGUUAAUGCCGAGUUGGAGAAUUUUUUGAUAGAUUUGAAGACGCAGUUAGGUGCCACGUCAAGAGAUCUUUCUGAAUCGCAAAUCGAAGCAAUAGAUCUCUUGCAGGGAUUCAAUUCCAUCCUACAUGACUCAUUGUUACCGUCCAUCACGAACGAGAUAGUACCUGAGAUGAAAAACUUCAAAAACAGUGUACUACAAGAAUGGACAGCUAUGACGUCUACGUUAAACAAGGAUUUUGCUCUAUGGAAUGAAGAGAUUUUUUCAACUUUCAGUGAAAUUUCAGAAAAGUUGAAUGGGACAAAGGACAAACUGAACGACAUUGAUAUUCGUAUCUCGCUUGUCCAUAAAAACGUUAUGGCAUUGAUGAGGAUAUUUGAUAUCAUUUGGAAAGCUGGUAAGACAAUUAUGAAGUGUGGGUACGUUUUACUUAAAAAUAAGUACUACUGGCUGCUGUGCUCUGUUGUUUGGAUUUGGUCAAAAUACUCUACACCUUGGAGAUAUGUGAAAGCGCUUUCCAUGAAACGCUUUUACCAAUGGGGGGUCGUACUGCUAUCAAUUUAUCUAGGAGCAAGAACCGGGUCACUGAUUGGUGGUUGA